UACCAGGCAGGUCCUUACAAGCAGAUUUGGCAGAUGUUGACUUUCACUUUCAGAUGUUCCCCACUUUCAACGCAGGCGUCCUGUUUAGUCUGCUUUGACACUGAAGGGGACGUGGCCAAGUUUGAAAUCCAGCGUAUGUGAGCAGGGAGUGGUUGUGUGUGAAGAACAGAGCAAAACCCCCAACGGAAGUCAGGCUUCGUUCCAUUCUCAAAAGACAACAACACAAACACCAAAGACACAAAGACACAAGCCAUGGCAACCAUUGUUGUAACUGUAGUGAAAGCCAUUCCAGACAUCAUUAGCAAAGGACUGGCCAUUCACAAGCAGUUAAUGCAAGCAAAGAAAAACAAGAAAAUCUGUGAGCGUCUGGCAGAUCGUAUGAAGUCUGUGGUGGAUCAGCUGGAGGGUUUGGCCAACCAGGGUGUGAAUGAAGAACUGCUGCAGAAGGCCCUCGAUGAAUUUAAGAAAGUGUUGGAAGAAGCAGGGACCCUUCUGAAGAAGUAUGAAGAAACCAAUUGGCUAAUGCAGAAAUUCAAUGCAGACACCUUGCGGAAAGAUUUUGAGGAGGUGAACCAGCACCUCAGUAAUGCAGCACGCCAACUGUCCCUCUCCCUGCAAGUGGAACAACGGAAAAAUCUAGAAGACAAGUUUAAUCGUUUAAGGAUUUGUAAGGAGAAUGAUGAAGACAUGAAGAUUGAUCUGCAGGAAUGGGAUAAAUUAAUGGCGUCAGUAGAGGAGACCAGGGCUGAGGUGAAGGACGUGCAUGAUGUGGUGGAUAACACUAACCAGAAGGUUACCUCCAUACAACACCAGAUGGCCAGCGCCCAAAGAGACCUGAAGGUCAUCAAGGACAAGGUUGGAACACACGAAGGUGCUGGGCCCAAGUCAUCUUCAGCAUCACCAGUGGAAGCCAGAGGUAAGAGCUAAAAUAGUCCUCUAAUGCCUUGAGAG